AUGGGGUUCGCGAAGCGGUCCCCCGUGGCCAAUGCACGGCGCAAGCAGAGCUCUAAGCGGAGCGCGGUGGCGGGAGCGAUGGCGGAAGUAGCAUCUGCGGUUCACGAGGACGAGAGGGCAGCUGUGGUUACUGCAGCAGGUGAGGCCUCUGCUGAGAGUGCUGCCUCUGCUGACCAUGCGUCUGCCACCACUGCUGUUCCUGCUGUCGCUGUUGCGAUCCCCGAGCGGCCGCCCACCAGAUUUGUGAAGCGGAGCCCGCUCAAGGAUGCGAUGGCGAGGAAACUGGAGGCAGCGGCUGCAGCGGGCGAGCCCAGCGACAAUGAAUCGUUCUCCCUCCCCCCUCUCCCCUCAUGUUCCAUUGUUGGCCAAACACUCAAUCAAUCUCCCUCUCUGUCUGAACAGGAGCUUGUCGAAGCAGCCACGCGAUGGCGUUCGUCACUUCCUCCCCGGCUGCCUUCUAAGUUCAAGCGCCAAUUCCCAAGGUUCCAGUCCAGACCGCGCCCAGGCACCCACUUGACAGAAGUCGUUCUGAACCUGUCUGGUUCUGCUGCUGCUCAGGAGAAACAGCUGGAACCUGCUCCUGUGUCAGAUGCAUCAGUCAGUGCUGCUGAAGAAGUAGCGGUGACCCAAGAAGAAGAUGUAGGAGAUAUCGAGGCGGUGGUGGAAGCAGCGCAGAGUGUGAAUGGGGUGAAGAGGCGAGAUGCGCUUGAGGCGAUGACGGCCCAGGAUUUGAAAUCGUUGCUCAAGGAAAGGAAAGUGCGGGGGUAUUCGAGGAUGCGCAAGGCUGAGCUAGUGGAGUUCAUCCUCGAUAUGGAGGAGAUUAACUAG